UGCAACACUUCCACCGAAAAUUCGUCUUCAAUUGCGUCACUUUUGCGCUGAACUCCAGAGUUGGUUCAAAGGGAUAAUCCGUGAACCUCAUUAGCACCUCUUCUAACUUGUCCUUUCGACUCCAAGAGGCGUGAACGCAAUGCAAAAUCAAGAGGCGAAACUUUUGGCGGCGUUAAUAAAAGGUGUCCAAUCACUCACAGGAUGGCAGGAGAUUCACAAUUUAAUCUAUAUCUCGUCCACUUACGGUUUGUCUAUUUCUUGUAACUGGUAUAAGUAUUGCAUUCCAGAACUGCCAAGGAUAAGUCCGAAGCGCAAAAUUAAAUACAAUCCUACUAGUUGUGUCUCAAUUUCCUCAAUUUUUCAUUGAAUCUUGACUGAAGCUACGAGGAGAAACCCAACAACGAAUUACUCAGCCAGAAAAUUCGACCGGCGAAAUGGCGGAAAGAAACCUCAUAUGGCAUCAUCUUUAUCAUUCCAGGGGUGAAGCUGUAGCCAAUGCUCUCAAACGCCGCAGAUUCUCUGCACUUGGAGCAGUUUCAUAUCCCCACAUGCUGUAAUCGAUCUCCAACGGAGUCCUCAGUAGCACUCAUUUGCACCUUUCAGUCAUCUCUCGGAAUGUGUCCGUGACGCCGUAUGGUUCGUUUUCUCAGCUAGAGCUUUCGUAAUCUUCCAGGGUAGCUUGCUUUCCUUUGCGCAAUUAAUCACAAACGGAUGUUGUGCGACAAAUUUGGCUUUCCGGGGUCCUGCGCGGACACAGCAUCUGAUUGGAUUGUUGAGGUUUCUGGUGCCGUAAGCGGGGUUCAGAGGUAGGAUGAUGUGAUGGCAAGCGUGCUUUCGGGGCCGUGUCUGUGCGCUGCGUCAUCAGUUCACACUCCAAGAGAAUGGUUCUCACGCUGCAAGGGGGAUGCUGAAGACCGGGGUGAGGUCUUAGGCACCUCCUUAGCCUCUUGCAAGCGCAACAGAAUGGUGGUCCAGGGUUGCGCUGCUGGGCUCAAUGUGGGUGUGGGAUGUUUGGUAUCCAGGUCGGGUUAUCAGAGUAGGAGGGGAAUCAGAUCCUUUCGCAGCUUAACUGCUUCGAGAAUAAGCUCUAGAGAGCUGCGCAACUCGGAAUUAGAAUCAGAAUGCAUAUUUGCGAUAGGGAAUCACGGGGUGGGGCAGGAUUGGAGGCUGGAGGUGGCAGAAGUAUGGGGUGUUAAAGGCAGGCAGUGUGGGAGGUGUGUGUCGAUUUUUGCGGCAGCUGGAGAGGGACAGGGCAAUGUAGCCGAAAGCUCUGGCGAAGUGGACGAUUCUAAUGUAGGAUUAGAAAAUGUGAUUGGCAAGGGGAGUCGUGUUGGUGGGGAUAAAUCCGUCGAAAUUGAAGACUCCAGUCUUCGUGGGGAGAGCGAUGUUGGGGACGGGAUGCAGUCCCCAUUGAGCGAGAACCUGGAAGAUUUGGGGAAGAUAGCAGAGUCUGCGACUGCCAGGGUAUUUGAAAAUGCUGGGAGAAAGUCGAAAUUCACGGAAGGUUCAAGAAUGGCGGAAGAGGGAGCAAGUAAUGCGGCCGUAGUAUUGGACGGUGCUGGUUUUUGGAGGCAAGUAGCGCUUGCGACUGAUGCAGGAGUGGCUUUGGAGAUGAUAGCCGAGAAGGCUGGGAGCCAAGGCGGUGUGGUGAGCAACGAAGAUUGUUCGAAGCUUAUCUUGGAAGCCCUGGUCUUAGGGAACUCAGAACUUGCUUUCUCUGUUUUGAAUGCCAUGCGCAGCAGUGUAAUUCAACGCCGAAUUGGUAGAGAUGAGAAAUCAUCGUUUAUUGAAAGCUGGCGUUGGGCGCAGCCGAACGUGAAUACAUACGCUACCCUAGUACGGGGAUUAGCAGCCUCGUUGCGAGUCGCAGAUGCUAUAGAAGUAGUAGCAGAUGUUCGACGCCGUGGAGUUCCAGCUGGAGAUGAGGUUCCUUUCGGUAAAGUUAUCGGCUGUCCCACUUGCAGAACCGCACUCGCCGUCGUUCAACCUCAGCAAGGGGUCCAGGUUGCUCCUUGUGCCAAAUGUCGUUACGAGUAUGAGUUGAUGUCUGGCACUGUUGUGGAAUGUGAAUCGGAGUCCAUAAGCAUGAAUAUUUCGGUCUUUGAGCGGGGCUUUCGGCUUGUGAAGUUGCUAAAGCGACCGGUCCCUGCAGCUGUACAUUCGUUAGUGGUCCGUGCUCCAGAUGGUCUUGCUCGCACACACCGCUGUGCAACUGAAAGCGCUGAUAUUCCAGCUCAGGAAGGAGAGCGUGUUACUGUAAUUUCAGCAGCUCCCGCUAAUGCAGUCCGUGGGAUUGGCCCUUUCAAAACCAAUGCCAGAGCCCCUGGGUGGAGACCUAGUGAGCCCAUGGCUAUAACAAAUCACGUCACAGGUCGUAUUUCAUCCCUUUCUAGGCCUCCACCGAAGUCUGGGAGUGGAGCAGCUUUCGAUGCUUCUCUCAUCAUCCCUGCUGUUCUUCUCUUCGCGAGUAGUGACGCGGCAACAGCUCUCAUAGAUCCUUCUCUCCCACGAGCAAUAGCUAUCGGGGCUGCGUCAGUGGUCGCUAUUGGAGGAGCUACCAAUGCUUUUGUUCUGCCCCGCAUUAAUCAGUUACCACAGAGAACUGUGGAUGCGUUGGCACUCCGGCAACAGCUUCUGGCGCAACAUGAGAAACUGCAAGCCCGGCUUGAGGAUCUGACACAAGCAGCUGCUGAUGAUGUCAGAAUGCUGGCCCGCAUGUGCCAACUUCAGAACAAGAUGGAAGCAGUGAACGAACCCACAUACAGUGCACGGAUGGAACGAGUACAGAAGGCACGAGAAACUCUUGAUGAACGGCUUGAAGGGCGUCUGGAACUUAUUUAUAGCUAUGCAAAGAUAGCUUCAAUGAUAGAGAUUGAGGUGGAGAUGGAUAUUGAUGUGCUGGCUGCGGAGGGCGCUGGGGCAUCUGCAAUAACAGAGCAAAUAGAGCGACUGAUGGAAGUCGAGGAUCUUCAGAAGGCAUGGAGGUUACAAGCUGAAGCAAACGAUGAGGUCGAGAGGUUAUUGCAGUCAGCUCCACUUCUGAACGAUUCUGGCUGACCCUUCUUACGAUCAACUCGUACUUCAUUCUUGAGUUUUAGUCGAGUCUUCUUUAAUGCUCAUUUAUAAUUUGUGUUAUAUAAUUCUCAAUAUUUCUUGAGGUUGGGGAUUGCCCACGUGUGAAUUGGGUUUCUCAAAAUCCAUGAUCUGACGAAGUGGUCAAGCUUUAGCACAGCAUCUUGUUUGUAACGUACAUGUUUUGAUCGAUAAUUGUACAAACUGCUGCUGACGUUGAGUUUUAGAAGCUUGUAAAUAGAAGGUACUCAUUCUAUUUCCAAGCCAAAAUUGGUCUGGACCUACUAGGUUCUCCUUUUAGUAUUAGAUAAUUUAAACCAAUGCUUUAUGGUCAGGAUAAGAAGGUCGCUCCUGAUUGUAGCAGCACUUCUUUCACAUGGCCAGUUAUUUUUGGUACUGGUGAGUUACACUGACAUAAAAUCUCACUGGUUUCCGCUGUUUAAGAGCCAUUCCAAGAAUAAAAUUAAUUUACUUCCUCUAA